CAUGAAACGAUAUCGUUUUGUGGGCAAAGGGCCUCUUUCUUAUCCCGUGAGUGUUGGAAUGGGCAUAAAAUUAGGUUUCUCCAAACCUUCUUCUCAUUACCUGUUUACUACUUUACUCUCACUCUCAAUUUUCCUUCCUCUUCUAAAGUUCUGAGUUCUAUCCCUCUGUUGCAUUCCGCGAUCUCUACUGCCAGUGUCCAAUCUCCGGCCAGUUGCACUUCCGUCGUAGCCUCCUUGCAAGUUUCAGGUGCUACAUAUGUUUUUGAAAUAUAAUAUGGCACAAGUUAGAUUAUCAAGCCUUCCCGAAGACGCAAAUAACUUUAUCAUUAUCCACCGCCCUGACCCGGAUCUUGCGUUGCUUCCUAGGCGGUUUGUCAGGAAUAACCCUAUUAUCAUGCCAUACCAGAAUGCUCUCCUCACUGAUCCGACGAACAACACAUUUUCUGUGGGUCUUAGAACAGUGAACGGAGACAAGGGAAUAGAAGGUUUUCAAGAAAUCUGUCAAGCGCACCACAUUAAUGGAACUGUUAGGAUGCAUUACACGUACAUUAGAGGGAGCCAGUUCAAUAUUCGGAUAUUUCAUGAUGAAUACACUGAGGUAGCUUACAUAGUCCAGGAGGAUUCUGAUGAUGAUUACAUAGUCAUAGAGCAGGAGGAUUCUGAUGAUGAGGAGGAGCUUGCUUGGUUGAGUGAUAUCACUGAGCCAAAGUCAUACAGAAGGCAAUGUUUGCAUGUCCCUGCCAAUUUCGCGAUUGAGCUGAUUCCACACAUACCUCAAUCACUGAACAUCAUAUUACCAGAUGGCAAUUUGGAUGAAUGGAUCCUGAAAUGGGCAGAUGGUAGGCCCAAUCAAGUUGACUUUGGUCAUGGCUGGUAUGAGUUUGGUAGGGAGGAACGCAUUCGUGCUAGGGAUCAACUGCGGUUCUACAAGACGCAUCAACCAGACACCUACCGGCUUGAAGUUCGACGCUACUAGAUUAUUAGAUGAUGAGUGUUAUUUAUGUUUGAUUGUGAUGUUUAUUUCAGACGAUGUUAAUUGCUUAAUGUUCGUUCUUCAAUUUUAUUUUUUGUGGUUCAUUAAGGUUACACUCUGAAUUAUUUUGCUUAGACAUUUUAGCCUUAGCAUUUGUGUUGUGCUAGCCAAAACAAUGUAGUAAUAAUAUGCUUCCCUUAAAAUAGAUAGUUUCAAUGAAUUUUUUACAAA